AUGCUUUUCGAAGGACGCGAUGCAAAAGGAAAGAGGGAUGAAAGGGUGAAGAACUGGGUGAAUGAAGUAAUACAAGUUGCUUACCUAGCUGAAGACGCCAUUGAUACUUUCCUCAUUAAGGUGAAUCAUCAGUCCAAUGGUUGGCUGAGUCGCAUCAAAUACAGGUUUAAACCAAGCGCGUUGAUAGCAAGGCAUAAUGUUGGUGUGGAGAUUGGUAAGAGAGAAGAAAGGCUUAAUGAGAUCAAGGCAUGCAGAGAAGCUUAUGGGAUUCAAAACUUGAGUGAGGAUGGAGAUGCUUCCAACUUAAUAUCCUUAAUAAGGAGACGCCAUUUCUCAUAUCAAUAUUCUGAUGAUGUUGAUGUAGUCGGGCUUUUUAAUGAUCACAAGAUCCUACUGGGACGACUGAUGGAUCAACAACAACAAAGGCUUUGUGUCAUUAGCAUAUUUGGCAUUGGUGGUCUUGGCAAAACCACCCUUGCCCGGAAACUCUACCGUGACAAUGCUGUUAGCAAUCAUUUCCACAAGCGCAUUUGGGUAACAGUCUCUCAAGAAAAUAGUUUAAUAGGGAUUCUCAGAAAGAUGCUUGAAGAAGUUCGGAAGAUUGAAAAGGAGAAGUUGGAGAAAAUGACAGAAAAUGAUUUGAUAGACAUGCUUCAUGACUCACUAAGAACAGAAAGGUUUCUUAUUGUAUUGGAUGAUAUUUGGCUAGAGGAUGUAUGGAAUCAGAUGCAAAGAAGUUUUCCGGAUGUGAACAAUGGAAGUAGGGUCUUGAUCACCACUCGGUUUCUUAAUGUUGCAAAGGGAGCAGAUCCAAGAAGCACUCCGUACCAACUUCCGCUUUUGAAUGAUGAUGAGAGUAUGAAGCUUCUUCUCAAGAAGGCCUUUCCUCAUGAAGAUGUUGAGGCAAAUUUCACCAAUGAAUUGCUUGAUAUCGGCCUUCGUCUCAUGGACAAAUGCGGUGGCCUAUCUCUGGCUUUAGUUGUUCUUGGAGGUCUCCUAUCUAUAAAAGACAAAACACCUGUUGUGUGGCGAAGAGUGUUGGAGACGAUGGAUUGGGCGGCAGAAGGAAGACAAUGCCAAGAAAUACUUGCUUCGAGCUAUGAAGAUCUUCCGUAUCAUAUGAAAUCAUGUUUUCUUUAUUUGGGCGCUUACCCUGAGGAUUAUGAGAUCUCUGGCAAUGGAUUGCAGAAGGCUUCAUACCACAGGAAGAAAGAAAGACCAUGGAGGAUACAGGGGAAGCUAUUUUAG